UGCCAAGUACUAGCGUUCUGUUGGGCGUGUUGGGGUCGUUGAGGUGUAGAGAGAAAACAGGUGUACCAAAAUAGUGGAUCAAAUGUGAGGUGAACUUGGUGAAUUUUCUGGGUUCUGAAAUUCGGUGUUUGCUUUACUUUUUAAUUUUCGAAUUGUUUAGUAUUUGUUUUGAAUCAUUUCAUUAAGACUUAUUCAACAUGACAAUGAGCUGUAUAUUAGCUUUAGAGGAGAAUCCUGAAGAUGUGUACUUAGAAACCACUUCGGUGUUGCUGAAACUUGUUGAUAAUGUUAUCAAAAAUCCAUCAAACCCAAAGUAUAGGAGUAUCAAACUCGGCAGUCCAACAGUUUCAAACAAGCUUAUACCUGUAGUUGGUGCAAUGGAGUGCCUGUUUGAAAUGGGAUUUCAAGAAGGUGAAGACAGUUUGGUACUACCAGGGAAUGUAUCAUUGGAAAAUCUGAAGCAUAUAAGGGAUGAGAUUUCUACAAGAAGAAGCACGUAUAAGAAAAUUCCAGCAACAUCUUCUGCACCGUCUGACGUAUCACCAUCUUCAUCAGCUACAAGCACAUCAAAUCCUAUAGUACAAAAGAAAAUAACGAGACCCAAAAAAACAUUUCUUGAGAGAGUCGCCAGCCAUUCUCGAGCUGUUUUGAGAUAUGAAGAGAAGGAACUGCAGUCCAAGGCCCUUGCAUUGAUUCCUUUGAAGGACUUUCAAAUAGCAGCAGAAAAUAACAUGCGAAAGUUACAGAAAUCCAUAAAAAGUGGCCUAACUAGUGAGAAAGAAGUUGAUAUUCAGGAGUUAAUUUUAAUGGAGCUGUUAUCUUGGUUUAAGAACUCUUUCUUCUGUUGGGUUGCUUCUCCACAGUGUGUGUCAUGUAAAGGAACUACAAAGUUUAUAGGACAUGAUUACAGUUAUGCAGCAGAAGGAGAAGUUUAUAGGACUGAAGUAUAUUCCUGCAAAAUGUGCCAUAAGAAAGUGUUAUUUCCCCGGUACAAUGACCCUGAGAAGUUACUGGAAACUCGUAAAGGUCGCUGUGGGGAGUGGGCCAAUUGCUUCACAUUAAUGUGCCGUGCACUUGGCUGGGAGGCUCGCUACAUUGCAGAUGAGACAGAUCAUGUGUGGACAGAGGUUUACUCAGGCACACGGAGGAGGUGGCUCCACUGUGACCCCUGUGAAAAUGUAUGUGACUGUCCCCUUUUGUACGAAAUUGGCUGGGGCAAAAAGCUCUCAUAUGUGAUGGCAUACUCGCGAGAUGAAGUGCAGGACGUGACAUGGCGAUACUCAUGCAGACAUCAGAAAGUUUUGAGUCGCAGGACUGAGUGCACCGAAAGUGACCUGCUGGCCACCAUCAUGCAGCUUAGACAAGAACGACAACAGGACAUGUCUGAUGCCAGGAAACUGUACCUCAACAAACGACUGGUAGCAGAGCUUGUUGAGUUUCUGACACCUCGUCAGCCUACUGAAGCAGAAAAGAAGGGACGCACUUCAGGAUCUUUGGCAUGGAGGCUGGCCCGAGGAGAAACAGAUGUUUCACAGAAAUGUGUGGAUCCCUUCACAUGGAAGCCAACCCAGUCGGAGAUCAAAGCAGGCAAGAUGCACAUUCGGUAUUCAACAUCAAGAAACAAGUAUGUGAGAAGUGUUGGGUUGGAGGAGAUAGAAGGCUGGGAAAAUGGAACUUUUCAAAUGAAAUCAGUCUUCAGGAAAGAAGAGAAAGAUUGGAAAAUGGCCUACUUAGCAACGACUGAGGGCAGUGAUGAGGGUACCAUAAUGUGGAAGUUUGAUUUCACAGAUAGUGGUACAGUUGUAGAUAGUGUAUGCAUACAAUGUUCUACUUGGCUGCGUGACACAGGGAGAGUGCUAUUGAAAUUGUGUGCAGGAGAUACAUGCGCUCUUGUACCUGGAGAUGGCAAGGUAUUUGAAACAAGUGACUUCAGAGGUUGUUCAAAGCUGGAAUUUAGUGCUCACCUGAGAGUUGGCAUAGGCGAUGGUGGAUGGCAACACGCACAGCUGUUUCGCCAAAAUACUGGUGAAAAUGAGGAUUAUCCCCUGGAUAUCAUAAUCAGGCUUAAAAAGUGUCUAUGAUACCUUGGUGGUAUGAAACUAUGCCAGAUGUCUGACAAAGCCAAAAUAUUAAUAUAUUUUAUCGACAUCAUUAUUGCAUGUAUUAUAUAUUGGAUGCUGU